AUGAACUACUUUCUUGAUGUUAAGAAUACGAUCUUUAGGGAGUAUGAGUAUGAGUGGGAGACUCAGAGUGCGAGUGAGAAUGGCCUCCACAACCCGCUCAGGACACGUGCGUCAUUCUGUCGUGUGUUUCGAGGCAACAAGAGACGUUCCCCGACCAAUGGACUCGUUCUUCCAAGUGUCUAA